AUGACAAACAAUAGUACUACAGUCUCAUCAAAUCAUGUCCCUCAACGAUUAUUAUCAUUAAUAAUAUCAGUAUUUGUGUGUAUAGCAUCAGGUACCCCCUAUCUUUAUGGAGUCUAUUCCCCUCAAUUGGUCAAACAAGUGGGUUUAACUGCAUCUGAUUCAGCUACGUUAUCACUUGCUGAAAAUAUAGGGUCAGGAUUUGGUGGUUUACCCGGGGGAUUAAUUAUUGAUCAUAAUGGACCACAAAAGAGUAUUUUAAUGGGAUCAAUCUGUAUCUUUUUAGGUUAUUUUGCCAUUUAUAAAAUGUAUGAAAUGAAAUGGGGGAAUCUUUUAUUAUUAUGUAUAUCCAUGAUUGCUAUGGGUUUCGGAUCCAUUACUUGUUUUUUUGCAACUUUAAAAGCAGCUCAAGCUAAUUUUCCCAAACAUAGAGGAGCAGCAGGUGCUUUUCCUGUAAGUUCUUAUGGAUUAUCAGCAACUUUAUUUUCAGUUGUUUCUGCUACUUUCUUUAAAGAUAAUACCGGUGGUUUAUUAGAAUUUUUAUCUUUGUUUUGUGGUUCAGUAGCAUUUUUUGGAUCUUUUUUCAUUCAUAUUUAUUUAGAUCAUAAUGAUGAAGAAAUUAUUGAUGAUGAAGAAAAUUCAUCUGGUUUAACAAAUACAAAAAAUGGUUAUUCACCUAUUGAUCCUAAUGAUGAAACUGCUUUAAUGAAUAUACCCGCAUCAUCCAAACCAAGUAAUUCACUUAACCCAGAGGAUGACGAAGAUGAUGAAUCAGUUGAUGAUUCUCAACAUCAAUCUAUCCCUAUAAAUCCUCCUCCAAAUACAGCUAAGAAAAUGGAAAGAUCGGAUUCCUUACCUGGUUCUUUCCGAUUCUGGGGUUUAGGAUCAAGAACUCCAAGAUCUUCAUUCAGUUCUCAAGCUGAAGAUGCUACACCUUUCUUACAAAGUAUAAGAGAUUCAACUGUUCCACCUCCACCUAAUAGCAAUAGUAAUAAUCCAUUCUUAUCUGAUGAUUCAACUCUAAAUCAAUCAUCAACAACUUCCCAACAACAAAAAAUUCAAAUGCUUAAAAGCAAAACCACUCCUCCAACAUUAACAUCUUCAUCUUCAUUAAAUAGUUUGAACUCAUCCACCACUCCAGCUGCUACCACCACCUCUAAAAAGACAGGUCCUUUCGAAGUGAUAAAGGAACGUUUAACUGAUAGAAUCUUUUUAACUCAUUAUUUCAUUGUAUCAAUCGUGAGUGGAAUAGGUCAAGCCUAUAUUUUCACCGUUGGAUUUGUGGUCACGGCUCAAUAUAACUAUGAUGCCAAUAAGAGAGACCUUACCGGUUUAGCAUCAUCAGCCGCCACAUUACAAGCCUUACAAGUAUCAAUCAUCUCCAUAGCGUCUUUCUCAGGUCGGUUAUUUUCUGGAUUCUUGAGUGAUUAUUUAUAUAAGAAAUAUCAUAUUCAAAGACUUUGGAUUGUUCUUGUUACCAUUGCUAUUUUAAGUGUGGGUCAAUUUGUCACUAUUAUCAAUGUUAGUAAUCCUCAUUUAGUUACUUUAGCAUCGGCCAUUACUGGGGGAUGUUAUGGAUUAGCAUUUGGAACUUAUCCUGCUGUCAUUGCUGAUAGUUUUGGAACGAGGACAUUUUCAACUAGUUGGGGAUUAGUGUGUACGGGUCCAUUAAUUACCUUAUUUAUAUUGAAUAAAUAUUUCGGAUGGAUUUAUGAUGCUAAUACUAAUCCUGAAGAUGGAAUCUGUUAUAAAGGGAAUGGAUGUUAUAAAGGGGCAUUUGAAGUAAGUUUUGUAUUAUGUUUUAUUGUCUUUAUUGUUACAUCAAUAUUGAUUUAUAAACAACGAAAAAGAUAA